CGCCCGGGGAGGAGGCGGCGGGCCCGGGGCCGCGAGAGCGCGGUGACAGGCCCGGCCGCGGAAAGGCCCGAGCCGCCGGGCGCCCCGGCCCCGCGCCGCGCCGGGCUGUUCAUGAAGCAUGUCGGCCACCAGCGUGGACCCCCAGAGAACAAAAGGACAGGAUAAUAAAGCACAAAAUGGUUCUUUGCAUCAGAAGGACGCGGUUCAUGACAAUGACUUUGAGCCCUACCUUUCUGGACAAUCUAACCAGAGUAACAGUUACCCCUCCAUGGCUGACCCCUACCUGUCCAGUUAUUACCCACCGUCCAUUGGAUUUCCUUAUUCCCUCAACGAGGCGCCAUGGUCUACUGGAGGGGACCCUCCGAUCCCAUACCUCACCACCUACGGACAGCUCAGUAACGGAGACCAUCAUUUUAUGCACGAUGCUGUUUUUGGGCAGCCUGGGGGCUUGGGGAACAACAUCUAUCAGCACAGGUUUAAUUUUUUCCCCGAAAACCCUGCCUUCUCAGCCUGGGGGACGAGUGGGUCUCAGGGGCAGCAGGCUCAGAGUUCAGCCUACGGGAGCAGCUACACCUACCCACCCAGCUCCCUGGGCGGCACGAUCGUGGACGGGCAGACGGGCUUUCACAGUGACACCCUCAACAAGGCCCCUGGAAUGAACAGCCUGGAACAGGGCAUGGUGGGCCUGAAGAUUGGGGAUGUCACAACCUCUGCAGUCAAAACGGUAGGGUCAGUCGUCAGCAGUGUGGCAAUGACUGGUGUCCUUUCUGGCAAUGGUGGGACCAAUAUAAAUAUGCCAGUUUCAAAGCCAACCUCUUGGGCUGCCAUUGCCAGCAAGCCGGCAAAACCACAACCGAAAAUGAAAGCCAAGAGUGGACCUGUAAUUGGGGGCACGCUGCCCCCUCCGCCUAUAAAGCAUAACAUGGACAUUGGCACGUGGGAUAACAAGGGGCCUGUGCCCAAGGCCCCAGCUGCCCAGCGGGCGCCUUCCCCCCAGGCUGCCCCACAGCCCCAGCCGGUUGUGCAGCCUCUUCCCGUUCAGCCUCCCCCUUUGGCCCAGCCACAGUAUCAGAGCCCUCAGCAGCCACCCCAAACCCGCUGGGUCGCCCCUCGCAACAGAAACGCGGCGUUCGGGCAGAGCGGAGGAACUGGCGGUGAUAGUAACUCUCCUGGAAAUACCCAGCCUAAUUCUGCCUCGAGUGUGGAAUCCCACCCCGUCCUUGAGAAACUGAAGGCUGCCCACAGCUAUAAUCCUAAAGAGUUUGACUGGAAUCUUAAAAGCGGACGUGUGUUCAUAAUAAAGAGCUACUCCGAGGAUGACAUUCACCGCUCCAUUAAGUACUCCAUUUGGUGUAGCACGGAGCACGGCAACAAGCGCCUGGACGGUGCCUUCCGCUCCAUGAGCAGCAAGGGGCCCGUCUACCUGCUCUUCAGCGUCAAUGGGAGCGGGCACUUCUGCGGGGUGGCUGAGAUGAAGUCGCCUGUGGACUACGGCACGAGUGCUGGCGUCUGGUCUCAGGACAAGUGGAAGGGCAAGUUUGACGUGAAGUGGAUUUUUGUGAAGGACGUGCCCAAUAACCAGCUGCGACACAUCAGACUGGAGAAUAACGACAACAAGCCGGUCACAAACUCCCGGGACACCCAGGAGGUGCCCUUAGAAAAAGCAAAGCAAGUGCUGAAAAUCAUCGCUUCCUACAAGCACACAACCUCCAUCUUCGACGACUUUUCUCACUAUGAGAAGCGCCAGGAGGAGGAGGAAGUGGUGCGCAAGAAGAGUGCUUCCUCGUCUUUGUCAACUCAGAAACAUUUAGAAGUGUCCUAUGGCGCUGGGGUAGACAAGCCAGGCUGCUGGAGCUGCAGGCCGUGGCCUGGGGGCUGGGGCGCCCACCCGCCGAGGGCCUCCCAGGGCACUGCCCUCAGCAGGAACGACAGAAUCGAAACAAACAAUAAGGACAAACCAGUUUCUUAUAUGUUCUAACAUUUGACUGAGAAACAGUUUCAGAACAGUGUGCUUGGUGCUGUCUCCUGGCGUCGGCCCCAGCUGUCCUCCUGUGCACUGUCCUCCUGCGCAGGCUCGGCGAGCACAUCUUCACCUCUAGUUCAUUUCUGCCCAGACGGAUCUGCACUCAUUGUAUUUUUCUGUGUAUUAUAGCAUUGUAGAACUCACUAAUAAAGGAGUAUGUUUUGUCAGCUUGUCACUCAGACUGACCUAAUGUGAAAUAUAGUAUCCUUACAAACAAAAAAAAGCAAAACAAAAAACCUAAAUCAUCCCAAAGUUUUUGUUUUUAUUUUGGCAGAAAUUAUGUUCUUAUAUUGUCAUUUAACAUCCUUAUGUGAGACUUCUCAUUUCUCACCCUUUUUUGCUUUACAGUGAACAUAAACCAUGAGUCGUUUUGUCAUGUAGCAUAUCUGUUAAAAUACUUCUCUUCAAAAUGCUGAAAUCACCAGGUUGAGGAUCACCUUGUUUGGCUGGUUUGCCAUUUUUAUUAUCUGUUAUCUAAAAUGCUACCCUACCAGUUUGAUUUUUCUACUAGACAGAAGAAUUUUAGUGUUUCAAAUUUGGUGAACAUGCUGUUUCCUUGGAACGUGUCUCCUGCAGUCUCAGCAUCCAGAGCAGCCGCUUCAUCUCUCACUGCUCUGCCCUUUGAUCCGGUGGGAUGAUGACAGGACCCAGCCUGCGCAGGGCAUGGGGUCAGUGUUCAGGUGUCCCUUGUUGUGUGCAGAUCAUUUUAAUUCCCCCUUUUCCUUCACUUGAGAAUCCUAAUGCUGUUUUAAGUUUUUAUACCAAUAAUGUGAGCUUUAAUGUAGGAUCUGAUAGUACAGACAGUGCGAUGGAUGAUGCCACCGAUUGUAAAU